AUGAGAUUUCACUCUCAAGACGUGAUUUGGGAUCCAAAUUUGCUGCACUUUUUCGUCCCGAGAUGUGACGACUACCAUGAAACGAUUUCUUUAACACAACGAUUCAGUAAUGAAAAGUCUGAAAACAAGUACCCGUUAGAAUGGCUUGCUUGUAAAGCAAAACACAAAUUAAAUAUCUAG